AGAGAGAGAGAGAGAGAGAAGGAAAAGGAAGAAAGAGCAGAACAUAAUUAUCUCCGCUGUUUGGCGCCAAUCUGCCAGAGAAAGAAAAGGCCAAUAAAAGUAGCAUGCGAGCUGAUGUCGUGUGUGUGUGUGUGUUGAUCUAGCCGGGCUCGCGAUUCGAGCGUAGCUCGUUGUUUUGUUACUGUGGGCUAGUUAGCUUGCUCGUUAGCUAACUAGCAUUUUACCAUCCUGUGCAUCAAAGCCCGUCUCCUCCUCCUCGGACACGGGUUUCUAGCGAGCCAACUUCCUAAGGCAGUUGAUAGCACGUAGCCUAAGUUUCUCCGAGGCGGUCGUUUUAAAGUCUGCGAAAUGGGGAGAAAGUCAAAUCGAGCAAAAGAGAAGAAGCAGAGAAGGCUUGAAGAAAGGGCAGCCAUGGAUGCUGUGUGCGCUAAAGUGGAUGCAGCCAAUAAGCUUGAUGACCCUCUGGCUGCUUUUCCAGUGUUUAAGAAGUAUGAUAGGCGUGGGUUAAAUCUGGAUAUUGAGUGCAAGCGGGUGUCCACACUGUCUUCCAUCACUGUGGAGUGGGCCUAUGAGCUGACCAGAGCCAACAUGCAGACGCUAUAUGAACAGAGUGAGUGGGGGUGGAAGGAGCGUGAGAAGAGGGAGGAGAUGAAGGACGAGCGGGCGUGGUAUCUCCUGGCCCGUGAUGCUGAAUCCACACCUGUUGCUUUCUCUCAUUUUCGUUUUGAUGUUGAAUGUGGUGACGAAGUGUUAUAUUGCUAUGAAGUCCAGUUGGAGAGCAAGGUCAGACGGAAAGGUCUGGGGAAGUUUCUCAUCCAAAUUCUACAGCUCAUCGCCAACAGUACACAGAUGAAGAAGGUCAUGCUGACAGUAUUCAAACACAACCAUGGGGCCUACCAGUUCUUUCGGGAGGCCUUACAAUUUGAGAUCGACGACACUUCGCCCAGUAUGUCUGGUUGCUGUGGAGACGACUGUUCCUAUGAGAUUCUGAGUCGACGAACAAAAUAUGGCGAGUCCUCAGGUCACGCGCAUGCUGGCAGCCACUGUGGAGGCUGCUGCCAUUAGGUGCAGACCCUUCCUCCUUUGUUACAGAAACACUCCUCAUCCUACACUUCAAUCAGCAAUCACCUCUUUGCCCCAACUUACCUCCAUAUAAAACGCCCUUAAGCCUAGUUCAGUCACUCUCUUUGCAAGAGUGCAGGAUGCUAGACAGGAGCCUGUCAGAGUGCCUCUGAUAUUUGGUUGAUUUCAGUCAAGCAAGCAUUUAAGAAAAUGUUCUUUCAGGAUAUCAACGUUCCCAUUUGACUUCAGAUUUUGAGGUGAAAUUUUUCAGUAGGUUAUAGUUUAUAAGGUACUGGAGAAAGAAAUAAUGUUAAGGUGGGUGAUGAUCAAUCCAUUUCCAGUGUUCAGAUGUUUUAUUUGCAUUUAAUUCGGUCAAACCUUGCAAAAAAAGUUUGUAUAUGAUUCAAGUAUAAAUCCGUUGCACCAGAGACUGUUUUGGGUGGUUCUUUUUUUUUUUUUUUUUGGUUUUGAGGCCACGAUUGCUUUACUUUUCUACCUCUGUGUUGGCCAUGAUUUUACUAGUUUUUCUUUGAAUCAAUGUGAAAAAGUGCAGCAUUUGUAGGAGGAGGUGCUCUGUGGUGGCUCCGUGCUCUAUAGUGGAGAGUGAGAAUUUGUAUGUCUUUUUAGAUACAUGAUACAAAUGGUGCUCCUAAGUCAUUCUAAAGAUGUAUGAAUGAGGCAUGGUGAAGUUACAGCUAUGGAGUGAUGACUGAACUUGGCCUUAGAUUAGAUCUCUCAAAGCAGUGGCAUCUAUGAAGGUUCCUCCUUGCACCUGUUCUUAGUUUUAGCCUGAAAUCGGAGGUACAAGAACUGUAUUUCAUCUUCUGUUUCAUUAAGAACAACGGAGAUGGCAGUAAUGGCUACUGUGACAGCUCUGUGUAAUGACCUCUUCUCACCUCAGGAACAAGCAUGGUGAGUUUGUUCUUGGAUCAGCACAUCCUGUCCUGAUAAUCACAACAGAACUCAAGGCUGGAUUUUACGCUUUUCAGCCUGCUGUUUGCUGUCUCCCAGGUUGCUGAUCUUUUUGUUUUUGUUUUUUGAGUGAGUUUAAGUGAAUGUCACACUGGUCCUUACUGCCACUUUACUGCUCUUUCAGGGUACUCGUACAUAUAUUUUAACGAAAUGCAAGGAGCUUGCUACACGUUGUAUUACUUCAAGAAACUGAAUACAGUGGCUUUGUAUUCUUUAUAAUCACUCAAACUAGUCUGUCUCAGGUCAUUCAACUAAAUCAAACCUAUAACAAAUGUUUUAUAAUGGCUCUAUAUAAGGGGUUGGUGUUAAAGGAUGAUGUCGAUGUUCUCUAUCUUAUCUGAUGAAGGGGUUGAUGUGUGUGUUGCAAUGGACCUUUAGUGUAGAAAAGUACUUUUUUCUUUUUUUCCUUAUAUUAAGCAUCAUAGCAUUCUUUUAUCAAAUCAUUUCUGUAUAUCCAUAUUUUUUCUGAGCUGUGUAUAUAAUCUAUUUGCCUUGUUCAAUUUAUUUGCCUUCACAAAAGUCUUUUUGGGGGGAAUGACAUCGAAAAACUGAAGUGACCAGACGUUUGAGAAAUGAGUAUUCCUGUCUUGUGCUUUGUUGUUGAUGCGGAAAGGGAAAAGUCAUUUCAGCUUUCAGUGUUUUAUUUGAAUGCCGCAAAUAAAGGAAACUUGUUUGACUUGGA